AUGGAAGAAGAGGGAUGUAUUCAAAUGAACAGCCCAUAUUUUGGGCAGUACAACCCUCCAAGUUAUGCAAAUGGUGCUUUCUAUGCGGACGAGCAGGAUACGUUUGUUGCGGGGACUUCUCCGCCUUCCUCUCCAACUGGUGAUGGGGAUGAUGUAACUAGUUUUCGAAUAAUCCUCAUCAUGAUAGAGUGGGAUGGUCGUUGGGAAAUUAGACUUUACUGCUGUUGCAAACGAGUCAAAUUCGGACAACACGGAAGAAGCAUGAUAUAUGAUAUUCUGUCUCAGAGAUAUGCGUACGAUGUCCUUCCCGACAGCCAAAAGCUGCUAGUGUUCAAUACGAACAUUCCUCUCGACCUGGUCUUUCAAUCCUUACGACGUCAAGAAGCAGUGGAAGGAGUGAUAUGGAAUGCGAACACUGGAAUGUACGAAGGAAUCAUCACCAGCAGCGAUCUGCUUAUCGUUCUAAAUCGUCAAUAUACAAGUUACUAUCAAGCCUUCCAAGAUGCUCAGCGAAGCGGUAUUCCGCUGGAGUCCAUCAAGUUUCCUCGCUAUUUAGACUACACAAUCCAAGAAUACCGAGACAAGCUCUAUCCGAAUCAGCCGACGCUCACCUACGGAAUUCCGAACAACUCGCUCUUCCAGAUUCUCAAAACGAUGUUCGACUGUCAUGUGCAUCGCAUCCCCAUCAUCGACCGCAUCCACGAAGGGAAUCUGAUCGGCGUUGUGAACUAUCUGAACAUCCUGCACUACCUGGUGGACUUCUACUCGGACCCUCUGAGCAACUACAACUUCUCCAUCCGCGAAUUGAACGUCGGUUCCUACGAUCAGGUCUGGGACGUCCGCGAAGACGCGCCGCUCUACGAAGGUUUCUUUGAGCCGGAGUUCUCACGGCUAGUUCUGCGGAUCAUGGAGAGCCACGUCAUUUCGUCGGUCCCGGUGAUCGAUGCGGAUCGUUCUGUUGGAUGGGUCGAUUCACUCCCAGGCAAUCUGAUCGGAAUCUUCCAGCGCACCGACUUGAUCAAGCUCGACUUCCGCGACAUGUCCAUCUUCAACUGCCCCAUCAGCACGUUCAUCUCCAGCUUCCAGCCGUUCAGCACGCAGCUCACCGUCAGCGCGCACGAGACGCUUUCCUGCCUCUUUUUCAUGUUUGCGCAGCGAAACACCACCUCGCUCGUCUGCAUCGACGACGACCAAAAGCCCUGCGGCGUCGUGUCCAUCGUGGACCUCUUCCUCUUCUUCCUCAAGGGCGAUUUCUCCAUCACGCCGCGGCUUUCCGCGCCCUCCACUGCGCGCGAGCGCGCCUCGUUCUCGCAGAGCUUCCUGUCGCCGCUGUUCGGGCCGCAGCUGAGCGCGAGCGGAAGCAUGACGGACAUCAGCGUGGGGGACUAUGGCGUGAACUUCCCCGAGACGAUCGUGCAGCCGCGCGUGUCGAGCGUGAAUCGGUCGGAGCUGGACAUGGGGACGUAUGACGACGAGUUCGAGAGGAUGAAGGGGAAGAUGAAGAAGGAAAACGAGUAUCGGCAGCGAAAUGAUCUGGAUGAAGAGGUGGGCGAUCGGUUCAUCGCGAAGAAAAUGAUGAUUGAAUAG